UCCUCAAAUCGAUAAACCAGCCUUACAGUACUAAUAUCAGGAAAACCGUUGGAGGAAUCGUGGUAGUGAUGGACUCAUGUCAUGGGAUGGGACUUUGCCGUUAGAACCUCUGAGGCCUCACCUUUCCCUCUUCCACUUUUCACUCCCACAACAAUCAUGAAAGAGAAAAUACCAGGGAAGGAUAAAAUAAAGAAUAUAUUAAUAGUCAUCGAUGAUUGGAUUAGGAAGUAAAUAGCACCACCGAUGCGAUGAUGACAACAACAACACUCUUCCAUGUCUUGCUUGCUCCAUUCCAAAACAGAAACUGUGAAGAAAACCCCCAAAAAUUGAGAAAGCAACAGCACACCAUGAAUGAAUGAGAGCAAAAACUAAAAACAAAGCCAAAGACAAAAUUGCUUCCUUUUGUUGCAGAUAUCCCAAUCCUAUUCUUGUUGAUUUUCUUGGGAUUUGAUUUUCCAGCCAUUUUACCAAGGAGAAGGAAUCAACAAAGGGUUUGGUUGAUUAUAAUUAGGCUUUUCUUUCUUUUUAGUGAAUUAUUUGAAGGAUGGGGGAUCAUUUUGUGUUGCUGGUUGAUCGGUUGCUCACUGAAUCAAGCCUUGAAGCAGCUAUUGAGAGCAAAAACCAGUUGCAGCAUGCCACACCAUCGGCAAGUGAAAAUAUGGUGAAUGAUUUUUCUUCUCCUAGGAUGGAUGUAGAUAUUGGAUCUUCACCAAGGAAAAUGGUGCAGUGUAGAAUUUGCCACGAUGAGGAUGAUGACUCAAAAAUGGAGAUACCUUGUUCGUGCUGUGGAAGCUUGAAGUAUGCCCAUCGCAAAUGUGUCCAAAGAUGGUGCAACGAGAAGGGUGACAUUAUCUGUGAGAUUUGCCGCCAGCAAUUCAAGCCAGGUUACACAGCGCCACCUCCUCUGUUUCAUUAUGGUGCUAUUCCAAUGAACUUCAGGGGAAAUUGGGAGGUUUCAAGAAGGGAUUUGCAUAAUCCUCAAUUUAUAACUACAGUUGCUACUGAUCGCAUCUUUCUGGAUUCCAAUUUUGAUGACUAUUCAUCUCCCACUUCAAGAAGCCAGAUUUGUUGUCGUGUGGUUGCUAUAAUGUUCAUGGUUCUUCUAGUUUUACGCCAUACCCUACUGGCCAUAAUUGGUGGAGCUGGAGAUUACAAAAUUACGCUGUUCAUGCUACUGAUGUUGAGAACCAUUGGGAUUCUUUUGCCAAUCUACAUAAUGAUUAAAGCAUUUACUGCUAUCCAACGUCGGCGACACCAACAGGAGGCUCGUAACUUAUCUCUUGCUGCAUCAGACGAAGAAAACGAACUGCCACAACUACAGACUCUGCCACGUUUCAUUCAUGUUCAGUAAUUUGUGCAAGCACUUCGCUUGAAUCAAAUAUUUUGAUAUGUUCGUGUUCAGUUUUACGCAGAAGAAUAGAGACACGCUAGCGGUCUGGAUAGUGUACAAGUAAUGUUGUUGUGGCAUCCAUGAAAUGCAUAUGUAAUGAUGAUCUGUAUAGUGAGGAAAAUGUUCCAUUGUACAUACAAGUACACCACUUGCAGAGGAGAAGAAAAAAGGGAAAGAAAUGAGAGUGGUAAAAGUGAGGAACAAGUAGGAUGAAAUUGUUUCAUCUUUUCCCAAAAUAAGGGGGAAAAAAAAAGGAAAGAAAAUGUAACUUUGAUUUGCAGCUUGUGGAAACAGGAAAACAGGAAGGAAAUCUAAAUUGAAAUAUGUGAGUUUCUUUCUUCCAA